CCUGUUGUUUUGGGGGUUAAACGGUCAAUCUGGGAUUUUUUUUUCUCAUAUGGAUACUGCCCCUCAUGCUGAUAACCCUACUGAAGUUGUUAGUCCUCACAUAGAUAUCCAUCAAGAUCUCUUUCCAGAUUACUAUGGUGGUACGGCUUCCAGUCUGUCUGCGCCAAAGGACAAAUUUCUGGGAAAUGAUAUCAAUAACGGAAGUAACAAAGACGAAUUUCCGGGAAAUGGUAUCCAGCAUGGAAGUAGCAAUGGUCCUGUAAUUGAAGAGAAUAAUUUCCCUGCACCCCCAGCACCGGUUCUACUCGAUAGUUUCCCUGCACCACCAGCACCAGUUCCACUCGAUAGUUUCCCUGCACCAGCACUGGUUCCACCCGGCAGUAGCGGCGAAGGUUUACCUUAUGCUCCUAGAGAUUGGCCAAAUGCCGGUGAUAUCUGGAGCUGGAGGGUGGGGAAGAGAGUCAGCGCUUCUGGCUUCUUCAACGAUAGGUUUAUCAACGUUCCAGAAAGUCUUCGAAAGCCAAAUGUUCCAAAUACUUUACAAGCAAGCAUAUGAUUGAACGUUUUAUCCGAUCAAAUUUCCCUGGUGCAGAUAUUGACGCGUUCUUUGCUUCGUUUGUUUGGAAGAUCCCUGCCCUUGUGGAACCUUCUUCCAAAGAUGUCCCCCUCCAGUGCCAGUAGAAGCAGCGCCAGCGGAAGGAAGGAAGAUGGUAAAAAAGAAAACGACAAAAUAACUCCCCGUAGAACUGGUAGGAAGAGGGCUCCUCCCCCACCUCCAUUCAUCACUCCGACUCCGAGUGCCAGUGAAAGUCAGAAAAGCAGAAGACAUCUAAAGGAUCAGCCAAUCUCAAGGAUCAGCUGAAUCUAAAGGAUCAGCCAAGCCUAAGCGAGAAACUCGCAGGAAUAUUAAAGAUUCCGCCCCACCCGAAGUUGAAAUUCAAGAUACAAACGAUGGUCUUAAUGAUGUGUCUUUCUUAGACGAUGAAACAUGAAGAGCGGAGUUGACAACUACCUCAAUUCGUUGGAUGAGAUUCUUGUUCAGACUCAACCAUCGUCUGAAGAACCAAUUUCCGAACAGGCAGAGAUGCAUAACUUCUUUGCAGCAGAAGGUGAAAUGGCUGAAGCUCGAAGAAAACUAUCUUCACUUCUCGAUAUGGAUUUCCCUUCAUUGAUUUGCUUCAAAGACCUCAACGAACUUGCCAGUCUAGCGUCCAAACUCCGGAAGGAUCCCACCCUUACAGCCGAACAACUCGUGAAGCUGAAGCUAGUAGAAGAGAUCCCAGCAUUCUGCGAGGUGUUCCUCGAGAAUAGGGAAGUAAUGGAGCAGGCAGACAAGUUCUUUACAGCCCUCGAGGAAAACAAGGCCAAGGUUAGUUCACUGAAACAAGAAUACAGCGAGUUAAAACAACAAGUGACGAAUGUACAGUCCGAGGUAGAGUCCAGAACAACAACCGUGCAAAUAUCGACAACCAGAUAGCACAACUCAAAGCCCGAUGCGCCGAGCUCACAAAACUGAUAGAUAAGAAGAAUAGAGAUAAGGAUGAAUUGAUAUAUAACCAGAAGUUGGUAGCAAACUCUAUCCCGAAAGUGGUACACGAAGUUCAGAUCGCUAAUGCCAAAA